AUGCGUGCAUCCGAGGGAUCUGGCUUGAGUAGCAAUUUGACCAUCACUGAUCCUGUCUGGAAGGUUCUCAUUUAUGACAAGUUGGGUCAAGAUAUUAUUUCUCCAUUGCUGCAUGUUGGCGACCUCCGCGAACGGGGCAUCACUGUCCAUAUGUCAAUAUAUAGCGCUAGAGAUCCAAUUCCAGAUGUGCCUGCAAUUUAUUUUGUUGAACCAACUUCUGAUAAUAUCAAGCGUAUUGCCAAUGACAUGUCUCGUCAAUUAUACGAUUCUAUCAAUAUCAACUUUUCAUCCGCACUCUCUCGCCCACUUCUUGAAGAUCUCGCUACUGCUGCUGCUUCUACUGAUACUGCCAAUCUUGUAAGCCAGAUCUACGACCAGUAUCUCAAUUUUGUGUCAUUGGAGCACAAUCUCUUUUCUCUACAACUUACAGACUCAUACUACCAUCUCAACAAUCCAACCACGACCGAGUCUCAAAUUGAACUUUUAACAAACAAUAUUGUUUCAUCACUUUUUUCUAUUUUGGUGACUUUGGGAACGGUUCCAAUCAUUCGAUGUCCAAGAGGAACAAGUGCAGAAGCAGUUGCAUUGAAACUUGAAAGCAAGCUGCGUGAUCAUUUGCUAGAUAGUCGUUCAAAUCUGUUUCAGGAAGGUGUUCAACUCUCUCGACCAGUUCUUGUCAUCUUAGAUCGUAACAUGGAUUUUGGAACGCUACUGAGUCAUACGUGGACGUACUCUACUUUGGUACACGAUGUACUUGAUAUGAAACUGAAUCGUAUUUCUAUAAUGGUCGAUGAACGAGGUCGCCCUGUUCGCAAGAACUAUGAUGUAGAUGUUCAAGACGCCUUUUGGAGCAAAAAUUCUGGCAAUCCUUUUCCACAAGUUGCGGAGGAUGUGGAUUCCGAGAUUAACAAGUACAAACAAGAAGUUGAUCUUGUCACUCGUACAUGUGGUGUUUCUUCAUUGGAAGAGGUCGAUCCAAAUGAUUUUACUUCAAGUGCCAAAAAUCUAUCCUCGGCCAUGAAGCAACUACCUGAACUUACACUUCGCAAAAAAACAUUGGAUAUGCACAUGAAUAUGGCCACCAAUCUUUUCAAGGAAAUUCAACAACGUCAGCUUGACGUUUUUUUCUCCAUGGAGGAAGCUCUUGGUAAGCUGAACAAGGCGUCAAUCUUGGAAGUAAUCAAAGACCCAAAAAAGGAUGCACAAGACAAGAUUCGUCUUUUUUUGAUAUACUAUCUCUCGAUUGAUGAAAUUUCAAAAGAGGAUCUAGCCGAAUACGAGACGUGUCUUGCUGAAGCUGGAUGCAAUACCGCCUCGAUCAACUAUGUCAAGCAGGUUCGUAUGUACUCUAAAAUGACUGCCGUGACAAAAUCAUCAACCCCAGCUGCGCCUGCAGGCAACGAUUUAUUUGGCACGUUUACAUCCAACUUUAGUAGAUUGACGGAUACCCUUCAAAGUACUGGCGUAUCCAAUCACUUUGAAACGCUCAUCUCAGGUGUCAAAAAUUUGUUGCCGACACGCAAAGAGCUGGCAGUAACUCGCACUGUUGAUGCUAUUAUGGAAGGAACAACUGUAGGUGGAACAGGCGUAGCGGAUGACUUUUUAUACUUGGACCCCAAAACCACUCGUUCUGGUGCUGCUAGUCGCCAGCAACCAAAAAACAAGGUUGCUUUUCAAGAAGCUAUUGUUUUUGUGAUUGGCGGCGGAAACUAUUUGGAAUACCAAAAUCUGCUUGAUUACACUCAGGUAUGUCAUCAGGAAUAUUGA